AUGGACAAAAGUGCGACCUUACAAGAGCUGGGCUACAGAGAUGAGAACGACUUGAGAGAGACGAUCUACGACUUUUUGCGGACCAUUCGGGACCCGGAAAAGCCGAGUACUCUCGAGGAUCUAAAGGUCGUUUACGAGGACGGGAUUUUUGUGAAAGAGCCGACGGCGGACAAAGUUCCCGUGGUGAGAGUGGAAUAUAAUCCCACAGUACCCCAUUGUUCGCUGGCGACGCUUAUCGGGUUGUGCAUAAGGAUAAAAAUACAACGUUCGCUGCACCAUCCUGUCAAACUGGAUAUUUAUAUCAAGAAAGGAGCCCACACUACUGAGGAUGAAAUUAACAAGCAGAUCAACGACAAGGAGCGGAUUGCGGCUGCAAUGGAGAACCCCAAUCUAAGCAACCUGGUCGAGAACUGCAUAGCUGACGAGGAGUAA